CCGAAGACUUAACGCUGUCUUACCGAGGGACUCUCUCUAUAUAUUUUCUAGAAAGAAGUCUUCCCGUGACUUACGGGCAUACCUCAUCAACCUGGCAACUUCUGACAUCACAAUGGCGACAUUUUCUAUCCCUUUCACCUACACAGACUUCAUGCUUGGGCGUUGGAUCUUCGAGCCGUUUUUCUGUCCAAUUGUGAUGUUCAUGCAGCACUGUUCAGUCAUAGUUAGUGUCUUCACACUAACGGUCAUUGGAUUAGACAGAUACUACGCCAUAAUGUAUCCUCUUGGACUACAAUGGACAAAGUCUAAGGAAACAGUCAUCAUAGCAACUAUCUGGGCAGUGGCUUGUGGAGUGUCUAGUGUUCAGCUGAUAUAUGGACGAGCAGAAGUUUUCUACAUACAAGGCCAGAUGUUUUAUGACUGCAAGGAAGUGAUGGGUGAAUUCGACAGUAAGUUAUACACGGUUGUCGUAUUCGCUGUGACGUUUCUACUUCCUUUGCUGGUGUUAUCCUAUGCGUAUGCUACCAUAGGCUUAAAAAUGUGGAAGCACAGUGCUCCAGGCAACGCUCACAACAUGCGAGACAGCCAGCAACAUCAGUCUAAGACCAAGGUUAUCAAGAUGUUGUCUGUUGUUGUCCUGGUCUUUGCCGUUUGCUGGCUUCCGAUUCAUAUUUUCAACAUGUUAAUAUAUUUCAAGGAGGACUUCACAGUUGUUAGCAGCCAGGGAGAAUACUUUGCUUUUGUUGCUUCUUUCUUUUGUUGCCACUGGUUUUCCAUGGCCAACAGCUUCGUAAAUCCGAUCAUUUACUGUUUCAUGAGCGAGAAUUUCAAGGCUGAUUUGAAACAAAUUUGUUUUCUCUGCUACACGUGGAGAACGAAAAGAAUUACAAGAUUAAACGUCCCCUUCACCCGUAGCCGUUAUUCCAGCUCCUUCCGUACAACAACUGACGUCAUCGUAACAGCUAGCAACUGCAACAGGGUGAAUGUUCCUCUCCCUCCUCUGAUUAAGAUGAAGUCGUUUUCCAAUCCUUUGUCUGAAAAAUCUACUCAUUUCCUCGAAGAAGCUACUAGAAAUUGAAUAUUUUUUCUCUCUUCUUAGACGUUUAAACUAACUGUCAAAUGCUUUAUUUUGUGUCCGUUCAAAUGUGGAAACAUGUAUUACUUUUUCGAAAGAGAAAUUUUACGAGCUUAGUGGAUGUACAGAAUGAAGUAAAUUUUCCUACCCCAUUUUUCAUCGUAAUUGUUUCGUAAAAUUCAUUGUCCUAUAUUGUAUUAAAAAAACAGAUUUUAUUUUGCAAAGUCAUUAGAAUGAUAUGUUUGCUAGCAAUUAGUGCACUACAGAAAUAAUUAGUGUUGUGAUUUUAAACUAGUAGUGAUAAUGUUGGAAACAUUGAUAUAUUAAUUGUUGAAACUUACAACGUUAUUCCUAUAAGGAGUUUGCUGUGAAAUACUACACCCUUUUAACAAUGUAGCUACAUAUUGAAAAAACAUUAUAUAUAUUUUAGUAUAUUCGUAAACAUUAUAUUAUAUGUAAUGGUUGAAUGGUGCCAAAUGGUA